GCGAUGGAGUCGAGCCCGUUUUUGCCUCUCCUAGGCACGGUCAUCAAUUCCAUCCUCCAAGUAGUUGUUGUAUGCUUCUCGGGGUACGUCGCUGCCCGUCAGGGUGUCAUAGACAAGAACCUUCAGCGGUCGCUCAACAAGCUCAACGUCUCCCUCUUUACACCUGCUCUACUCUUCUCGAAAGUUGCCUUCACCCUCACCCCAGAGAAGCUUCGUGAACUAUGGAUCAUACCGCUUUUCUUCGUCAUCGUGAUCAGCUUGUCAUGGGUUGCAGCUACCGUCCUCGGAAAGAUGUUUCGGCUGAAGCGGUCUCAAAGAAACUUUGCCAAAGUGGCAAGCAUGUUCCAGAACUCCAACUCUCUCCCAAUUGCUCUGAUGCAGAGCCUUGUCACCACCGUCGCGGAGCUCCGCUGGGACCCGGAUGACGAGCCGGGUGCGAUGCUUGGUCGCGCGCUGACCUAUCUCGCGACGUUCAGCACUUUGGGGAUGAUCCUUCGCUGGAGCUGGGGUGUAAGCCUCUUGACUGUGCCCGACGCGCCGAAGGACAUACAAAUCAACGUCAUCAUCGAUGGGUCCGCAGCGCAUGACGACUCUCUGAACCAGAGCGACCGCUCGUCGGUCGUGGACUCCGCUUCAGAGUCCACAGUCUCACCAUACACCUUUGCCACCGCCGACGCAUCGUCUCAGCAGGCUCGCCCCAGCGCACCGUCCCUGGGUCUCGACGGCGCACAACCCGUCUCACUGCCAUCGCGGGCCUCUCUCCCGAAACGCGCGUGGGACAUGUUCAACAGCGUGAUGACGCCCCCUCUUUGGGCGAUCCUCCUCUCGAUCAUUGUCGUCUGCGUUCCGCCGCUGCGGCAGUUCCUCGACGUCCAUCUCCCGCCCGUCAAGGGUGCACUAGCAGCUGCGGGCGGAUGCUCGAUCCCGUUGACGAUGGUCGUUCUUGGGGCGUACUUCUGCAACUCUGUGGAAGAGGGUCCUAAUGCGAGCAUCACAAGGGCUCGGGCCCCCGCGGCAAAGGACGGCCAAGACAGAGGCAGCGCCAGGGGACAGACGGCUACAGAAGGUGCGACGGACGAGGGAGAGCAGGAGAGCACACGCUCGAUCUCGACGGUGCAUACCGUUCCGAGCACGACGUCCGUAUUUGGCAUGUUUCAGGACGCCUUCCGUAUGCGUCGCACAGGCAAGUCUUCUGGCGGGCGGGUGCGCCUGGACGGGGACGACGAAGCCGGGCUGCCCGUGUCUGCUUCGGAGGUCGGCGCAGCGACAUCGUCAUCGUCGCAACACGAAACCGAACGGGAACAACAGCAGAAAGUUAAUACCGCCGAGGACCAGGAGGACAAGGCCAGCGAGGGACGCACGGUGCUCGUCGCCGUGCUCGCGCGGAUGGUGCUCGUGCCCCUCGUGCUCGUGCCCCUGUUCGCGCUGAGCGUGCGGUGGACUGCGCACGACGCAUUCGAAGACCCGGUGUUCAUCGUAUCGAUGAUCCUGCUCAUCGCGAGUCCGCCGGCCGUAACGCUUGCGCAGCUGACGCAAGCCGCGUCGAGUACUGCGGCUGACGUCUUCGAACGGCUCGUCAGCCGAACGAUCUUUUGGAGUUACUGCAUCAUGACGCCGCCGAGCACGGUUAUCGUCGUUCUUAUCGGGCUUGCGAUUGCCGGGCGAGUUUAACAUUCUGCAUCAUGAAGAUGAUAGGAGUGAUGGGAGGCAAAGUCUUUGUAUCGGUAGUCUCUGUACCUCUAUAAACGCCAUAGAUAUCCUUGUACGUCGAGAAUUAACUAACAGCAUUGGAUCCGGAUGU